CUCCAUACUUCUUUUGCAAGGUGUCCCAAAUGGACUUGCUUGACUGAUUGGUGAUGAGGAGGUCAAACAAGAUUCCAUUCAUAUGAUGUAGAAUGUGAGCCCGAACAAGUUUAUUGUCUCUUUCUUUCUUGGUCAAUGCUUCGGCCGCCUUCUUGACAUCCUCCGCGGAAAUGGAGGGAUCAGGUGCUACUGCCUUGCUUGCUUCAAUUGCUUCGAUCACAUCCUCAUAAAGCAAAUAAUAUAUUUCAAGUUGCUCAAAAAAAUAAAUAUUUUUUGUGACCAUCUAGCUCUUGUAGUUAUUUCCAUUAAGGAGAUCCAACUUAGAGAGGUCGAGAAGAGUCUUGUUCAACAUAGAGUUAGCCAUGAUAAUAGACAUAAUCUCGUUUUUAAAUUGUUGUAUUUAGGUAUUUUAAAGGCUAAAAUGUAGAACAGAAAAAUAAGAAAAUCUUCGGAACUUGUUGUGCCGUGGUAACCAAACCACUGCUUUGAAAAAGAGGUACGAUGCAACCGGGAUGCACAAUUGUGUACAUCGAUUGGUUCCCUCAGGUUUACACAACUCUCAACACACAAUGACACUCUUGUGGGUCAGAUGGAGUUACUAGAACUUGUGCCCAAAAGAGAGAGAAAGAAAGGAGAAGAUAAGAUAAUAAUGAUUAUAGAUCAACAAAGUCAGAAAUGUAGAGUAUAUAUUGGAUUAGUGGAGGAGAUAAAACAACCCAAGGAAGUCAUAAUUUUGGAUAACGAAAAUCGAUGUGGAGCUAUGUCGCUCUUUGAUUUGCCUCUCUUAUACUUGAUUCGAUCACUAGUGGAAAAAGGCUUAUUUGCAUACCCGCAUUUGCCACGCCAUUCUGAACAUGUGAUGCAAAUAACAAAUUUUAGCAUAAAAUUUACUCAUUUGCGUCGCAGCUUUGUUAAACUGCGAGGCAAAUGACUCUAGGAUGCCCCCCAGAGUCAUUUGCAUCGCAGAUUAACAAAGCUGCGAGGCAAAUGACUCAAUCAAGUGCGUCGCAGAUUUACAAAUCUGCGUGGCAAAUGACUCUAGGAGCAUCCUAAAGUCAUUUACCACGCAAAUUUACAAAUCUGCGAUGCACUGCGUGUCCACCUAAGAAUGGACACACGCGUAUAAUUGAACAACGCAAGUGACCCUUUUAUAUUUUUUCAUUUAUUUUCUCGCAUAGAUCCAGGUCGAACAAACUUUUCGCCUCCUCUCCUUCUCUCUCCUCCUCCUUUCCAAAUCUCCAUUGCCAGAACUCCAACACCUCCCAUCUCACCUUCAAAAAUUCAGAAUCAACCUUAUCCAUUCGAAGUCUUCUCUCACCAAGCCGCCCCUUUCUAUUUAUUCUGAAAAUUCGAGCUCUGCGAAAAUGGGAAGAGGGGAGAAACCCUAGGUUUCGGCGCGGGGAGAAAGGUGACAUCCUGAAGCAGAAAGGCUUAGUUUUUUAAGGCUGUGAAACACACCACACUACUGGAUCACGAAUUGUUGGUGUUGGAGCUCUAGUUUAACUCGUCGCCCGUCCUUGGCUACCUUGAUGCUCAGGCAGUCAUUUACUACAAACCUGCUUCAGCUAAUGACAUCUUGGGCCGUUGUUUGUGAUGUUUGGUAUCUAGAGCCCCAAACAAUAAAACCUGGAGAGACUCCCAUCGAAUUUGCCGAGAGGGUCAGAGACAUGAUCUCUCAUAGAGCAGGCCUGAAAAAGGUUCCUUGGGAUGGCUACCUGAAGUGCUUACGCCCUAGCCCUAGGUUCACAGAGAGCAAUCUACGGCGUCAUUGGACUUAAUUUGCCUAAUCGUUUACUUGAGUGUACUUCUAUGUGUUCUACUUUAACAUUGGCCUAUAAUUCAAGUGUAUACAUGUGUUGAUAAUCAAAGAAGCCGAGUUAGCUCGUUCUUUGUAA